AUGUCGAGCAUAAGCACCAAGAUUGGCCAUGGCCUGGCCAAGGUCUUGGGCAUCAAGCUCGAGAAGCCCGAGAAUGAGGAGAUUCUUCGCGGCGAAUCCAUCCUUUCGGUUCAAUCAUCUGACACGUUCGUCGAGGAGGAGCCCACAACCGCCGAGUGGUUUCUUGAGCUCUUGCCCGACGGUCAGCAAGUCCUUGACUACCUCCGCUCUCUGUUUCCCUUCCUUAACUGGAUCGGACACUACAACCUGCAGUGGUUUCUCGGUGAUUUGGUCGCCGGUGUCACCGUUGGCGCUGUAGUCGUACCCCAGGGUAUGGCUUACGCUUUGCUCGCGAAGCUUGAUCCUCAAUUCGGUCUCUACUCGUCCUUCAUGGGCGUCAUUAUCUACUGGUUCUUUGCUACUUCUAAGGAUAUCACCAUCGGCCCUGUGGCCGUCAUGUCAACUGUUGUUGGCAAUUUGAUCACGGAUGUCCAAUCAGAAUUUCCGCAAUACGAAGGCCACCAGAUUGCAUCAGCUUUGGCUAUUAUUGCCGGUGCCAUCAUUCUCUUCAUCGGUCUGAUCCGCAUGGGAUGGAUUGUCAACCUGAUCUCUUUGACCUCGUUAUCGGCUUUCAUGACUGGCUCCGCAAUCAGUAUUGCUGUUGGCCAACUGGUCACUUUAUUGGGCAUCAAGGGCGUCAACACCAGAGAUGCCACUUAUCUCGUCUUUAUCAACACUCUCAAGAAUCUCCCCAAGACGAAGUUGGAUGCUGCAAUGGGUCUAACCGCCCUUACCAUGCUCUACCUCCUUCGCUUUAUCUUUACGACGCUCGCGAAGCGGUACCCCAGAAGUCGAAGCUCUUCUUCUUCCUUUCGACCCUGCGGACUGUUUUUGUUAUUCUUCUCUACACCAUGA